AUGGCAAACUUUGUCGAAGAAGAUCUACCAGCUAUUAUCGAUGGCACUCUUUUCAUUGCCAAGCACAUUCCCAUAACAAGUGCUAUAGCUUUAUUGGUUGAUGAAAUACGAGGGGCAAUUAAUAAGGCAAAACGUGGUCAGGCAAUUUGUAAGUUUAUUGCCAAAAAUGUUGAAGAAACUCAAAAAAUUCUUGAACAAUGCGAAAGUAUUCAAGUGAACGAUGCUGUACUCAAGCGAUAUGAAGGAGUGUUAAGUAAAAUUAAAGAUUACGUAAAUAGCAUACAACAUAAAAAAUCCUUUGACAUUUGGAAAAGAAUAAAACGUAUUUCAACAGCUGCUGAGUUCGAAAAUCAAUGCAUGCUUUUAAUUGAGGAAUUAAAUGCUAUUGGCGAUCAAUUUAGGCUUAAGCUUCAGUUGGACACAAAAAAAGAUACAGUUGAAAUUAAAAAGAGUCUAAUUCAAUUUGGGAAAGAUCUUCGUCUCAUGGCAAUAAAUCAUGGAUUAUCAUCGACUUUAAUCAAAAUAAAACCCUCCGACAUUCGUGAUGUGCCAACACCGCUAAAAGUCAAGAGGGGAAAUGUUGAAAAGAAAGCAUUUUUGACAUACACACAAUUAGUUGCCCAGAAAUGUCUUGGAUCGCUCUCCUGUUAUUACGAGAAUGAAAAAAGGGAGACGGAAAGGGUAAUCAAUAUGUUACAGCUGCUUUCUGAUUGCGAAAAUGUUGUGAAGUUUUACGGCACACUUGAAACACAAAGCCAAUUAUAUAUGAUUAUCAGUUGGUGUGAGCAUGGCAAUCUCGAAGAAUACAUAAAGAAUAAUCAAGACCUUGAUUGGUCUAUUAAACUAAAGAUUGUUACGGGUAUCGCUAAUGGACUAGUGUUUUGUCAUUAUCGUGAUAUUCUCCAUCAUGAUGUGAGAAGUUAUAACAUUUUACUCGAUGCGAAUAUAUGCGCAAAGCUUUCUGGAUUUCACCUAAGUAGAAAAGAAGGACAUGAAACUACUUCUAUUGAUCAGAAUGAGACUAGAUGGAUUGCACCCGAAAAGCUCGUAGAUAGAAAUACUCCAUAUACCAGGGAAUGUGAUAUCUAUAGUUUCGCUAUUGUUCUCUGGGAAGUCGCCGUACAAAAAACGCCAUAUUAUGAGUUAAAGGAUUUGAAAGAUCCUGAGGCAUUCGUAAAAUAUGUUAAUGACGGAAACAGACCAGAACUUAUUGAUGAAAGCACCAUCCCACACAAGUAUGCAAAAGUUAUGAAAGAAGCAUGGAAAACUGAACCAUAUGAACGUCCUUCAGCUGAAAUUAUGCACAAAAAACUUGCAACAUGCCUUGAAGAUGAUUGCUUAACUACUCCUUCGAAUGUAGAAUUUAACAAUUCAUUCUCAGUGACUUCAAGUACACCCACGUCGUCUGAAAAUCCUCAAUUCACAGAAAAUUUACCACCAUUCGAACAUAAUAAUUAUAACGCUGCAAUAAAUUUUCAUAAAAAAAAACAAUACCAAAAUGCUUUGCCUAUUUUCCAACGAUUAGAAUCUGAAGCUUUACGUAAAAAAACUACUUUUUAG